AUGCAUAUCACUACAAUUUGCAGCAGAAGCCACUCAUUGAAAAGAUGCUGUUUCGCCUUUAGCUUGGGUCCGCGUGCGCGUGCUCGAGCUCGGCUCUUGUAAUUGGCUUAGCGCUGUGCUGUUGUCCAUGCGCCACUGGGCGAGUCUCGGCAGUCUCCGUAACCCUCUUUUAUCCUCAAAAAAGGAGAGCGAAAGAGGGCAGACUCGGAGUUGGGUUCGGGUGGAAGGACCGCCAUUAUUGGGAGGAAAACCACUUUCACCCUCACGCACAAUGCAUACAUCUUGACGUUUAAAGCCACGCGUGGCCCACAUUGUCUGUGAUUUGACUGCGAAGCUGGAUGUUGUGUGUCACUGAUAAGGCAUCGCUGCAUGCUCGCUGCACACGGUGAAAUCAGCAUUUUAUGGCCACAACAAAGGGCAUUAUAAUUGAUCAAAAUCAACGUGGUUUGAUCGGAGGAAGACAUUAAACAAGCCUUUUCUUAUCGGAAACAAACAACUGGCCUCCGAGAAAGGACAUUUCUUUGUUUGGAUAUGUUUAGCCAUCGGUGGAUUUUGAGGCCGGUUUCUGUAACGUUAACUUGCGUAUUGACAAAAAUAUUUUAAAGUGCAAGUCUGUCAGGCUACUAAGACGAUCAAAGAUUGCCCGGGAAAUUUCGCGUCCACUGGCGUUUAUGUAGUUUUUGUGGUUUCUAACAACACAACCGAACCGGUUGUAAGCCCGCUACCGUUGGCCUGGACGGGGAAAGGGGGAGUCAAAAGGGAACGCGACAACGGAGAAUGGCACUGGUUGGCCUCAAUUUCUGCAUCUGUCUUAUUUUCUUCAGCUUCCCUUCUAACCAUUUCUGAUGUGUCUGCAUUAAUAUGGUCAAAAUGUGCAAGUUUUUUUGACACGAAUGAAUGAUUGAAAAUUCGGCGGCACUGUCUCAAUUGUAAAUCAUAGGACCUGCUGUUUUAUGGACACGUUUCAAAGAAUCUGUUAUUGUCAAUCUUUGGGGCAUGGCAAGAUGACUGCCUGCAUACGAUGAUGAUGGCUAAAAAGCAAGAAUCCCGGAUGCCUAUCUACAACCUUGUUGUUGUUGGCCUGUCGGGUACUGAGAAGGAGAAGGGCCAAUGUGGCGUUGGCAAGUCUUGCCUUUGUAACCGUUUUGUCCGUCCUAGUGCAGAUGACUUCCAUCUUGAUCACACUUCUGUGCUAAGUACCAGUGAUUUUGGUGGGCGUGUUGUCAACAAUGACCAUUUCCUAUUCUGGGGAGAGGUUGGCCGGGUUUUGGAAGAUGGCACAGAGAGCAGGAUGCACAUCGUCGAGCAGACAGAGUUCAUUGAUGAUCAAACAUUCCAGCCCCAUCGAAGUACUGCUUUGCAACCCUACAUCAAAAGAGCUGCCUCCACCAAACUUGCUUCUGCAGAAAAGCUCAUGUACUUCUGCACAGAUCAGUUGGGGCUAGAGCAGGACUUUGAACAAAAGCAAAUGCCAGAAGGCAAGUUGCAGGUGGAUGGCUUUUUGCUUUGUGUCGAUGUGAGUCGUGGUAUGAACCGCAGCUUUGAUGAUCAAAUGAAAUUUGUCACAAACUUGUUCAAUCACUUGAGCAAGACAAAAAAGCCUAUAGUGCUGGUUCUCACUAAGUGCGACGAGGGCGUUGAGCGAUACAUCAAGGAUUCUCAUACUUUUGCCAUUACAAAAAAGAACUUGCAGGUUGUCGAGACUUCUGCACGGUCCAAUAUCAAUGUUGACGUGGCUUUCCUAACCUUGGUACAGCUCAUAGAUAAAGGCAGAGGCAAGUCUAAAAUCAUACCUUACUUUGAAGCACUGAAACAUCAAAGUCAAAUGAUUGCCUCAGCGAAAGACCGCUAUGAAUGGUUGGUGAACCACAUUGUUAAGAAUCACAAUGAAACUUGGCCCAACAUCACCCGACGAAUGCAGACUGCACCGGAAUACAAGGAGUAUGUAUUUUUAGAAGGUACAGGUAAAGCUAAGAAGCUUUUUCAACAGCAUAUUCACCGUCUUAAGCAGGAGCACAUUGAAAGGCGACGCAAAGCAUACCUGAGCACUCUUCCACUUGCCUUGAGUACCUUGGUGUCUGAGUUGGAUGAAAUUGAGCAUUUGAGCUGGUCUGGGGUGCAGAAGGUCCUUGAGUCUAAAAAAGACUUUGACCAUUGGUUUGUUGUACUGGAGGAUGCACCAUGGGAAGACACACCACAUCUUGACAAUAUGGAAGAUGAGCGCAUCCCCUUUGAUGUUCUAGACACAACAGCUGCUGAAAUAAUCUUUGAUGCACAUCUUGAACACCUGCGCAAUGAAUGCAAGCGUGCCCAAAUGCGUCAUGAGUUCAAAGCAAAAUUGGUAUCUUCACCUUUUGUUACCCCUGGCAAGCCCUGGGAGGAAGCCCGCAGCUUCAUCAUGAACGAAGACUUCUACCAGUGGCUUGAGGAGCCAGAAUAUUUGGACAUUUAUAACCGGCACCAAAAAGCAAUUAUAGACAAGGCGAAAGAGGAUUUUCAGGAGCUACUACUUGAGUACUCUGAGCUUUUCUAUGAACUUGAGGUGGAUGCCAAACCUAGUAAAGAAAAGAUGGGAGCAAUUCAAGAAGUAUUAGGUGAAGAACAACGCUUCAAGGCACUACAGAAAUUACAAGCUGAGAGAGAUGCUUUAGUGUUAAAACACAUACAUUUUGUGUAUCACCCUACUAAGGAAACAUGCCCUAACUGCCCACAUUGUGUUGACAACAAAAUUGAGCAAAUACUAGCUUCAUGCUUCCCUGCACGAUACCCUUCCUUUGGAAAGUCCCAAAUGACUGAUGUAAAGAUAGAUAGGAUUAAUCUUGUCAUACUAGGCAAAGACGGUCUAGCAAGAGAAUUAGCCAAUGAGAUUCGGGCAUUGUGUACCAAUGAUGAUCAUUAUUUGCUUGAAGGAAGAAUGUAUGAGCUUGUCCUUCGACCCAUUGAGGGCAAUGUUAGACUUCCUGUUAACUCGUUUCAUACAGCCACAUUCAUUCCCCAUGGAUGCCUAUGUUUGUACAAUUCUAAAGAAUCCUUGUCAUAUAUUGUAGAAAGUAUUGAGAAAUUGCGAGAGUCUACUCUUGGCAGAAGGGAUAACCAUAUUUCUCAGCUUCCUCUGUCACUCUUGUUAAUAACCAAAAGAGGUGUUGGAGGACUAGGCGACAUUGGUGGGGAGACUGCCCAAGCUUUAAUAUCACAGGGUCAGCAGGUAUCAAUGAAACUGCAGUGUAACUACCUGGAACCUGCCUUCCCAGGCACUGGCUAUGGUCGAAAUGUAAAUGAAAGGCAGAUUAACCAGGUCUUGAAAUGUCUGCUUGAAAUGAGGAGGACUUCGACAUUCCGUAGCUGUUCACCACCUGCACCUCCUCUACCUCCAUGUAUUCGAGACUUACAGCAUGACCCGAGCCCAGAGGCUGAUUUGCGUGUUGUCAUGUGCCUAAUGUGUGGAGACUCUUAUGACACUGAUCAACUUCUUGCACCAUUUCUACUCCCUCAGCAUUGCCGACCAACUUCUCCCCAAGCAAGUGGCACUUCAGUGCUGCUAGAACAGACAAUUGGUGGCCACAAGUAUACAAUUGAGCUAUCCCUACUGUCAUACCAUGCUGCUUUUGCCACACGUAAAAGUAGGCUGGUGCAUGGCUACAUUGCCGUGUACUCUGCUUGUCGCAAAGCUUCUUUUGAAACCCUGUGUGCCUUCUUAUGUGAGGUUCAGGACAUUAUCCCAGUUCAGCUGCUUGCAGUGGGAGACACCCAGACUGACCUUCUAGACUCUGCUCAUGAGUUUCUAGUACAAGGUGAGGACCUAGCCCAUGAAAUUGAAGGACGAUUUUGCAGUACUGUUUGUAGCUCUGGUGGAAUUGUUGGAGGACUUCACAAAAUAGAACUCUUAGAACAAUUUUUUACAGAAGUAUUAGAGAAGAAAACUAUUGUUGAAGCCAGUCAUAUGUACGAAAAUGCUCCAGAAGCCUCUAGCACAAAUGAGAAUGUGUAUUCGCCACAUUGUGGCUCCCCAAGCCCUGUCACAAUGCUGUUAGAUUCUGAAGAAGACAUGGAAGCUUCCCCGCCCUACCAUGAUGGCACACUCACCUCUCAUGGUGGAUUCAAACUGCCUGACUUGGACUCAGCUGACACAUUCUCUGUGAUCUCUGACCUUAGCACAUUUGAGAACAAGCUUAAUAAUAAAGUCCUUCCUCAAGUAAGACCAAAACCUAAUGUCACAUUUGACCUCAGAAAACCAAAUUUUAACCCAUAUAUGGAUUCAGUCAGCCAUCGGCGGUCUCUUACGUCAAAUGUGACAUGGCCUCUCGGGGGAGACUAUGAUCCGUCAGACUAUGCUGAUCCAAUGGAUGCUGUCUCAAAGCCACGCCCCAGCUAUGAGGACAACAUUUACUCUGUGCCACAUGACAGCACACAGGGCAAAAUUAUUACCAUCCGCAAUUCCAACAGGAUGCACUCUAAUGGAGGAGGCAAUGGUUCAGACAGUGAAGGGGAUGGCAGCUCCUUGGAAAGACGUCGCAAGUUCUCAGCAGCAAGGGUAAAACCAAGACUCUACCGUGAUCGUUCCAAACGGCUGGGGAAGUUCAGUAACUUCCGCACAAGUUUUUCCAUUGGUAGUGAUGAUGAGAUUGGCACACUUUCAAGGUCAAAAGAUGAUGAUGUUUCGGGAUUGAAGGCUGACAUACUUAAUGAAGAAGGAGAGGAUCCCAAAAAGAGGAACAUAUUGAAAAGUCUUCGUCGACCAGGCAAAAAAUCAAGACCAAAGCCUCGCCAUUCUAUUUCUAAGCCUUUGGAGAGUAGCUACUUUGGGAUUCCUCUUGUGAAUGUUGUUUCCCUUGAACGACCUAUUCCAGUUUUCAUUGACAAGUGUACCCGUUAUAUUGAAGCCACAGGUUUGACCACAGAGGGUAUCUACAGGGUAAGUGGAAAUAAGUCAGAGAUAGAGGGCAUGCAGAGACAGUUUGAACAAGACCAUAAUCUCGACCUAGUGGAGAAGGACUAUACUGUGAACACAGUUGCUGGGGCGUUAAAAAGUUUCUUCUCAGAGCUGCCAGAGCCUCUGAUUCCUUAUAGCUCACAGGUGGAGCUGGUGGAAGCUUUCAAAAUUAAUGACAGAGAACAGAGGCUGCACACCAUGAAGGACGUGUUAAGGCGAUUUCCCAGGGAAAAUUAUGAUGUCUACAAACAUGUUAUGAGCCAUCUAAACAAGGUUAGUCAGUGGAACAGAGUCAACUUAAUGACCAGUGAAAAUCUAUCCAUCUGUUUUUGGCCAACACUGAUGCGGCCAGACUUCACUUCUAUGGAUGCCCUGACAGCUACGGCAACCUACAAGACAAUCAUUGAGACAUUUAUUCAUCAGUGUGCUUUCUUCUUUUACAACCAGCCUCCUGCUGAGUCACCCACUGGCCUCUAUGCACCCUCUGGACCACUGGUGCCCUCUGGAUUGCCCCCAUCUCCCACAGCUGCCCCUAAUUAUUGCCCCCCAACCCAACAUUUUACCUCCCUUUUGCACUCGCCCCCACAUUCUCCGCCUCAGAGUCCACGCACAUCCCCUGCAGAACCACAAACACUAUGAGCGUGGGGAGAAAGUGGUCUGUGGUUUAUUAAACUCCAUUCACAAACAUAGACUUGUGUAAUGCAUGCUUACACAGCUACAUAUACAUAUUCUACACAAUGCCUUUAACAUGUAGCUUGUUUAGGUCAGUGCUCUAUGUGAAAAAAAGUGUGCUGGGUUCUCAGUACUUCUAUUUGGGGAAGAUUUUGGGAUUUACAUCUACCACUAUGGACAUAAAAAAAACAACACGCACAGCAGAUGAAUGUCUGUGCGCUUAUGAACUGUACAAUCUGGGUAACUAACAAAGGUGUCGUUUUCGACAUGACAACACUGAUGUAGUUUAUUACAGAAGGGGAUGUUCUUCAUUUUCAGUGUAGAUAAAUGCUCUUGUCAGAAAGGAUAUGAACCGUUUGAAGGACUUUAAGAUUUAAGACUGCUCUGCCUCCCGUUUCUCUUCUUUUUUUUAUCUGCUUGCCCUCUGCAGUAUAUAAAACUCUAGUAGGACACUGUAGUGAGGGAAAAUCAUGAAGCACUUAUACAUUAUCAAGGAUUUCAUCUAAAAAUGUUUUGAAAGAAAAAAGUAGAAUUUUUUUUUUCAAAGAUGAAUGAGAUCACUUUAGCUGCAACCAUAUUUACUACUUUGCCUGGCUCUUGUGUCCCACAUUAACAUCCAGUGACAGCCGGUGACUUCUUUUCCAAGGGGCACGAAUUCAAAAUAUGGGUUUGGAGUGUUGUGUAUGGCUCGUCAUGUCAAAAUAGGUGAUGCGACAUGUUAACAAUGUGCAUCAUGCGUCUUGUCAAAACACAUGCCUGCUGCGCAUGCAUCAAAAGGAUUUAUGAUUAAAGAGUUUACAAAAUACUCGCAAGACACUUACUUGACACUAAACUCUGAUUACACAUGAGAUUAAGUGAUUAAGUAUCUGGCAAAAAAUCUGGCGCCUUUUUUAUCAUAAACCUCUUCGAAGCGUAUGCAGCAAGUUUUUUGACAUGUUGCGUGAUGCACACAGGUUCACAUGAUGCAACGAACACGCAUUUUGAUGUGAAGGGCUAAAUACAUGCUGUGAUGAGCUUUGCAUCACGCACCCUCGAAAAAUAACUCACAGGCCGCAACUGUUGCCAUCAUUGAUUCAUAUUAAGGAAAAUAUACAAAUAUACCAUGGUUUUAGAGGAUGUAUUGCUCCUCGCUUCCAAGACUUGAAGUUCUGUUACCUGAUAGGUCCAAAGGAUUUGUUUUGCCAAGUGGCUCCUGUGGAUCUUUACUCAUAAAUUCAGCUAAUGGAGAGUACAUGCCCUUUUCUUUUGAAGGCUGUAAUUUAAAUGGUGAUAUCACUUGGGAAUUCUCUUCAGUUAGCACUGGUGCUUGAGAUCGCUGGGUUUACGAAUUUUCUCGGAUCCUUAAACUAUAGCCUUUGAAAUUACCAAUUCAAAACCCUCACACCUUAAUUUUGGACUCAGUUAAGCAUAUAUAUGUAAAUAAGGCCUUGAAGGCCUUUCAUUGAUGCCCAGUCUGACUGUUUUUACCUUAUAAUCUAAAGCACUUUUUGUUUUUUUAUAGACCUGUAUUGUGCAACACUGAAUAAUUAUUGGUUAAACUUGUGGCCACCGUGUUAGAAAGGUCAUUGAACUUUUUCAUGGUGAAUGUAGAGUGCGAAGACGCACAUUAAGAUUUAAGUCCUAGACUUAAUUUCACUCUAAAUGAUUUGUUGUGCAUUAGUAUGUCUUUGUCUGCUGUUUCGUAUGUAAUUACAUGGACCUUUUGUACAGCUUGAAGUUUGGCUGACGUGGACCUUAAAGUCACAUCACAAUUUUUAUUGUCAUCUUCAUGUAACUGAAUCAGAAGGACUGCUUUUUCCAUCCCAUUUCCUCUGGACAAAUCCAUGAUGUAUAAAGAUGCAAUGGCUUAUUGUGUGUAGAUUGUAUGUAUAUUACCUUUUUCUCUCGAAAGUGAAGCGUUUGAAAUGAAGGAAAUUAUUCCUCAAUAUGUUUGCCGUGAAAUACCACUUCCUGUUUUUAUACAGCCAAGGUACAAAAGCUGAAGUACCAAAGUAGUCCAAUGUUGGCUGAUGAGGGUUCAACACCGGUUAUAAAAAUGUUAAUGACUGGUUUGGGGAUGUGCAUGCCAGCUCGGAUUCUUGACAAAAAGGCAUAUGGUGAGCAACCCAUAAUGAAUGAUUUAACUAUUCUUUAUCCUUUUGAUUCUGUGUAUCUGCUGCUUUUUGCCAGGAUGAACAAAUCUAAAGUGACCCGGGUAUUACUUGAAGUAUACGAUUGUUCUUCGUGUGAUUUCCAGCAAACCAUUAGAAUUAGUAACUAUAGAGCUCCAGCUGACGUCACACAGCCUAAACUCCGCCUUUUUGGCAGGUAAUCGUAGAGCAGUUAAGUGCUGUAUCAUUGGUAUCGAUAAUGAUUGAACCAAA